CAUCCCAUGUAUUCUCUUAAUCAAUCUCCUUCAUGUCGUCUCUUGUGUCCCCAAGAACGCUACGAAAAAGAGAAAGAUAUCAAAACCAUAAACAUCCACGAGGAAGCUUUUCCCUGUCGUGUAAUCAGAAGUUCUCAUUUAAUUUCUGAUGCUGAAGACGAAAAGUCCAAUUAUUUCCAUUCCCUGGUUCUUAGCAACAAAAAAGAAUCCUACGCUAAUUGUUUUGGUUGUCGUGCAGAUAUUGGCGAUAAAGAUUAUUAUUUAUGCAGCUACUGCGGCCGGAAGUAUCACAAAGAAUGUGUUGAAUCUCCUUCUAUUUUUCAUUCCUCUGAUCAUCCAAAACAUCCUCUUCAACUUGUCUUCUUUUCAGAAGGCAGUUGUAAAGAUUGUUUUACUUGUAAACGUUCUGUUAACCUAUCUUAUUAUUGCUUUAUUUGCGAUUUUUCACUCCAUUCCAUAUGUGCGAGAAACCCAACACCCCUUACAAUAGACAAUCGUAAAAGGCAUGAGCAUACACUUCAGUAUUUUCCCAGAAGAGAAUCAACUUUGGUUUGCGAUGUUUGUGCACUGGUGGACAAUUCUGAUUAUUUAUACGUAUGUCUUACAUGCGAUUUCAUUGUUCAUAGACGAUGUGUCUACUUACCAUAUGUCAUAAAGGUAUCUCGUCAUGAUCAUCGUCUCGCUUUUAUUCCUAAUCUUUCUCACAAGGAGUCGACUGAUUGUGGAAUUUGUCAUGCAAAGAUAAAUGAAAAUUAUGGAGAAUACUAUUGCAUGAAAAGAUAUGUUUAUGCAUUGCAUUCUAGAUGUGCGAUGCGAAAUGAUGUGUGUGAUGGGAAAGAACUUGAAGGAGAGCCUGAAGAAACAUAUGAAAAUAACAAAAUGUUUGAGGAGAUAGCUGAUGGAAUUAUAAUACAUCAGAGCCAUCAGGCUCAUGAACUGAGCCUUAACAAAAACUUUCAUGAUGAUAACAAGCAUUGUGAAGCGUGCAGACUUCCUUUCUAUGAUGAAGGUAAUGUUUAUCAAUGUAUGCAGUAUUGUGAUUUCAUUCUACAUGAAUCAUGUGCAUAUGUUCCCCGUGUAAAGCAAUCUAUGGUACAUGUCCAUCCAUUGAUUCUAAACCUCGGCAAAAGUUGGUUUCAAUGUCGGAAAUGUUUGCAUUUCUCAUGCGGCUUUGCAUAUGUGUGUCCUAUCAAGAAGUGUGAUUGUACGUUAGACACAGUUUGUGCUUUUGUAUGUGAGCCAUUCGAUCACUACUCUCAUCCACAUCCUUUGUUCGUAACUUGCGAGUAAUACUCAUACAUGACGUGUUCCAUUUGUCAAUCUGGUGAGAGGCAACCUUUAAAUUGCGUGAAAUGCAAUUUUGUUUUGUGCUUUAAAUGCGCCACUAUUCCACAUAAAGCGAGGUACGAGCAUGAUGAGCAUUUACUCUCUUUUUCUUAUAAAGCAAACCAAUUUUACUGGUGUGAA